UGGUACACUUAAGUUGACGUGCCCGGUGCCCGGUGCCCCAUCAAAAAUUUAGACAACCCUCUCUACUUUCACGGAUCACCCUUCUCACGUGCAAUCCACUUCCCAAUUUCCGAUCCCUUGACUAAUAAACAAACCACAUUCUCUUCACCUUCCCCCUUAAAUCAACGAAUUAUUGUCUGAUCUUUCAUCAUUUCAUCCGAUCUCAACUCUCUCAUAACCUGAAAAAUGGCGCAGAUAUUGAUGCACGGAACUUUACAUGUAACGAUAUACGAAGCUCAGGAUCUUCACCAUGGUAACAAACCUGGUGUUUUCCGCAAGCUUAUGGCAAAUAUUGAGGAGACUGUUGGUGUUGGGAAAGGUACCCCUAAAAUGUAUGCAACUAUUGAUCUCGAAAGGGCUAGAGUUGGGAGAACUAGAAUGAUAGAAAAUGAACCUUUGAACCCCAGAUGGUAUGAGUCAUUUCAUAUAUACUGUGCACAUUUGGCUUCAAAUAUUAUUUUCACUGUGAAAGAUGAUAAUCCUAUUGGAGCAACAUUGAUUGGUAGAGCAUAUGUACCUGUUGAGGAAAUCAUUGAUGGGGAAGAAGUUGACAAAUGGGUUGAAAUUCUUGAUAAAGAGAAGAACCCUCUAGAUAGUGGUGCUAAGAUUCAUGUGAAGUUGCAAUAUUUUGAAAUAGCCCAAGAAAAGAGUUUCAAUCAUGGUAUUAAAAGUGGAAAAUAUCCUGGAGUUCCAUACACAUUUUUCCCACAGAGGAAAGGAUGUAAGGUCUCUCUGUACCAGGAUGCUCAUGUCCCAGAUAACUUUAUUCCAAAAAUACCUCUUGCUGGUGGUAAGUAUUAUGAGCCUCACAGGUGUUGGGAAGAUAUUUUUGAUGCAAUUACCAAUGCAAAACACAUGAUUUACAUUACUGGAUGGUCUGUGUACACUGAGAUUUCCUUGGUAAGGGAUUCAAGGAGACCAAAGCCUGGUGGUGAUAUGACCGUCGGCGAGCUGCUUAAGAAGAAGGCAAAUGAAGGUGUGAAGGUCUGCAUGCUUGUGUGGGAUGACCGAACAUCUCUUAAUUUGUUGAAGAAGGAUGGUUUGAUGGGAACACAUGAUCAACAAACUGAGGAAUUCUUUCGUGAUACUGAGGUUCAUUGUGUCUUGUGUCCUCGAAACCCUGAUAAUGGUGGAAGCAUAGUUCAGGAUCUACAGAUUUCUACUAUGUUUACUCAUCACCAGAAGAUUGUUGUGGUUGACAGUGCGAUGCCUGGUGGAGACUCGGAGCAGAGGAGGCUGGUGAGUUUUGUUGGAGGUAUUGAUAUUUGUGAUGGGAGGUAUGAUACUCCUUUCCAUUCACUAUUUAGGACACUCGACACUGCACAUCAUGAUGAUUUCCAUCAACCUAACUUUCCCGAUGGUGCAAUUACAAAAGGCGGGCCUAGGGAACCUUGGCACGACAUUCACUCCCGUCUUGAAGGACCAAUUGCUUGGGAUGUCUUAUUCAAUUUUGAACAGAGAUGGAGAAAGCAGGGCGGGAAAGAUGUACUGGUUGCAUUGAGGGAACUUAAUGAUAUUAUACCUCCCUCACCAGUCACUUUCCAUGAUGACCCUGAAACUUGGCAUGUUCAGUUGUUUAGAUCAAUAGAUGGUGGUGCUGCUUUUGGUUUCCCCGACACACCUGAAGAUGCUGCCAAAGCAGGACUUGUCAGUGGUAAGGAUAACAUUAUUGAUCGAAGCAUCCAAGAUGCAUAUAUCCAUGCAAUUCGCCGAGCUAAGAAUUUCAUAUAUAUUGAAAAUCAGUAUUUCCUUGGAAGCUCUUUUGCAUGGGAACAGUCAGAUGAUAUCACGAAUGAAGAAAUAGGAGCCUUACAUUUGAUUCCCAAAGAACUCUCCUUAAAGAUAGUUAGCAAAAUCGAAGCAGGUGAGAGGUUUACUGUUUACAUAGUUCUUCCUAUGUGGCCAGAGGGAAUACCGGAAAGUGCAUCAGUUCAGGCUAUAUUAGACUGGCAAAGGAGGACUCUGUCAAUGAUGUACAAGGAUAUUAUUGCUGCUUUACGGGCUCAGGGUAGUGAUGAGGACCCAAGGAACUAUUUGACAUUUUUCUGCUUAGCCAACCGAGAGGUGAAGAAGAGUGGUGAAUAUGAACCUUCAGAACAGCCUGAACCGGACUCUAACUAUGAAAAAGCCCAGCAGAAUCGACGUUUUAUGAUCUAUGUCCAUUCCAAAAUGAUGAUUGUUGAUGAUGAAUACAUUAUUGUUGGAUCUGCCAACAUCAACCAAAGAUCAAUGGAUGGUGCAAGGGACUCAGAAAUAGCCAUGGGGGCUUACCAACCACACCACUUGGUAACAAGGAACCAACCGGCACAGGGUCAAAUUCAUGGUUUCCGAAUGUCCCUGUGGUAUGAGCAUCUUGGCAUGCUUGAUGACACGUUCACGCAUCCCGAAAGAAGCGAUUGCGCCGAGAAGGUAAACCGAGCUGCAGACAAAUACUGGGAUCUCUAUUCAAGCGAGUCUCUUGAGCGUGAUUUGCCAGGUCAUCUGCUUCGUUACCCUAUUGGUAUAACUAGUGAAGGAGAUAUCACAGAGCUUCCAGGGUCUGAGUUCUUCCCUGAUACCAAGGCACGGGUACUUGGUACUAAAUCUGACUAUCUCCCACCAAUCUUGACUACCUAAGUCAAUCUCCAUUGUGAGAGGUAAAAACCCUUUUUCUCAUGCUAUUGCGAAACAUACUGGAAUUAGCAGGAUAAUAAUAAAGUGGUGUUUUUGAGAUAGGUUGGUGAGUUGGACUUUCUACAGGUUGUUUAUUCAGGUUUUUACAAAUUUUUCCUUUUUAGUUUGAUCUUGGUGGUUACCAAAUCUUUGUACGAGUUUAUUUGCUUUGGUAACAGGUCACUGAGGCUUUUAAUGGCAAAAUAUGUAUUUGCUAUCUACUUAUGUAUUAUGUUGUGAGAGAUUUCUUGUUUUUGCCCAAUUUUGACUUGUUUACUCUUAAUUGAGGCGAUGAACUACAGUUUGCUAUAAUUAUUCCGAGUAUAUUUAAGCUUGUUUCAAAAAGUUUCA